GCCUUCCCAACACCAAUGAGCUCCCCCUCCCAAACCCCUAAUCCGUCCCCUACCCAGUCCCCCUCCCAGUCCCGGACCAACCACAACGGCAGCCCUGCCAACCAGCAGCCCUACUCCAGCUCCGGUGGCUCAGCCCCUUCCCCAUCCCCCACCCGGUCCUCCUCCCGCGCCCCCUCUCACCCUCCCACCCCCACUGUCUCGCAGCCCCCCUCCCGGGCUCCCUCCCUGAACCCCAGCCCUCACUCCCAACACGUGUCUCGAGCAUCUCCCCAAAACGCCACCCCACCCCCCUCCAAGUCUCCCUCCCAAUCUGGCCUGAAGCCUUCCUCCCGAAACUCCUCCCAGACUCCCCCUGGGCACUCCUCCAGGUCGCCCUCCUUCAGCCCCGUCGGCUCAGGCUCCUACAUCGGGUCCACUUCGGGUAUCCCGACCCAAAUCACCCCCUACGUGCCCCGCUUCCUGAGGGAGCCCCCCUUCUUCCAGCCCCCCACGUCUCCAUUGCCCCUGUGCCCGACCCCCCAGUACGAGCCCCCCCCAUCCCCCCAGCGCCCCCCGCCCCCAGAGUCCCUCUACUUCCCCCUCCUCCCGCCCCCGCCCCACUACCCCAACGCCACCUGCAACUUCCGGACGCCUCCCAACCUGUUCACGCCCCCGUGCUCGCUCACCUACAAGCUGCCCACCGAGGUGCUGGUGGGCGCGAGGCCGCCGGUGGUGCCCUCGGUGCUGCCCGCCACCUUCUACACGCCCUUCUCCCGCUACUACUCGCAGCCGCGCUUCUACUACCGCUCCCUGCCCCGCCGCCGCUCGGGCGGCUACCCCGCCAUGCAGUAUGAGAGCCUGAACCGCUCCGUCCGCUUCCUCUCCAAAUAGGCCGC